AUGAAUAAAUUAUUGCUCAUAAUUCUAAAUUGCUGUUUGGGUAGUUUAUUUAUGGGGUUCUGUUUGGGUCAGAUGAAUGUGAUUAGUACAGAGGUAUAUAAUGUCUAUAAAAUUGAUGAUACUUUUACCAAAGGUCUGAUGCAAUGUAAAAUUAUAUCCGUUUUCGUUCAGCCCUAUUAACCAUAGGAGGAGGAGUAGGUUCCAUAUCGGCAUCAAUAUUGAUGGGCUUGUUUUCCAGAAGAAAGUGUCUCCAGAUAACCGAUGUCUUUGGAAUGAUGGCAAUAAUGAUAGCAUUCAUGGAUGAGAGCAAAUACUUACUUUUGGCUUCUCGGUUCUUUGUAGGACUUGUAUUAGGACUUAAUGGAGUCCUAGUACCUGUCUAUAUAAACGAGAUGUCACCAAAGGAGAAAGCAGGCAUCUUGGGAACAAUGAAUCAACUAUUUAUAACUUUAGGAAUAUUGACUACAUUUUUGAUGUCCUCAUUUUCAGAUGCCUCAUUACCUAUUCCAUUCUAUAAAUUAAUGCUGUAUCUACCUAUGAUACCUUGUAUAAUAAGAGCUAGUGCACUGUCAACUGUGUUUAAAUAUGAAACACCUGUAUAUUGCGCUAAACAUCAUUUAAAGUAUCAAUAAAAUCAAAACAAAGCUAGCAAUUACAUAAAGUUGUGGAAAUGAUAUACGAAGAAAAGGCAGAAAAAAUGUAUGAAUAAUUUCAGUAGUCAUAAAAAUCAACAGAAAGAAGUAUGACUAUAAAUCAACUACUGUCUUCAAAGUACAGAAGUCGAUUAUUUAUUGGAAUUUCUCUUGCUUCUUUACAACAGUUAGGAGGCAUAAAUGGAAUUAUGUUUUAUUCUUCUUCAAUAUUUGAUUAAGUAUGCAAUUACUAAAUAAUUUAGGUGACUGGCCAAGCUGCAAAGAAAGUGUUUUAUCUAAAUUUAAUAGUUGGCUUUAUUGGAGUGUUUACAGCCUUAUUAGCAACUGUAAUAAUCGAGUAAUUUGGAAGGUAUGAUUAAUAAGAAAUUAUAAAUUAGAAAGCCAAUCUUAAAGUAUGGAACCCUAUGGUGCUGUGUAAGUUUAUUGAUGCUAACAUUUGUAAUGUCGAAUAGUAUAGGGAAUACAUCAUAUGGAUCAUACUUGAUAGUGAUUUGUAUAUUCUCAUAUCUAUUUGGUUUUGGAUUCUCCUUGGGCCCAUUAUUAUUUAUUUAUUUAACUGAGAUAUUGCCAGAUUUGGGAGUGAGUGCCAGUGGUCUGAUGAAUUGGAUGUCUGGAGGAUUAGUAGCCCAGAUGUUUCCAAUUAUCGCCUCAUAUGAUAUAUCCUAUUGUUUUGGCUUAUUCUCCAUAUUUAACUUUGUAGCGUAUCAUUACAGUUUAAUUAGAUUACUAGUUACUUGAUCAUCUAAGAGAAGGUGAUUGAAACGAAAGGGUUAGAUAAGGAAGCUGUGGACAAGUGUUUUGAGAAUCAAAAGUUUGAUUAAAUACCUUAUUAGGAGGUUUACUAGGAAGAUAGGUUUCGUUGAAGUAGAGGUG